AAUUUACUGAAUUGAAGCUCGUACGCAGAAUGCAGAGGAGACUGUGUAUAUACAAAAACGCUCUAUCUAUUUCUGGACAGAGCAUGAGUCUCAAGAGUGGUUGAAAAAACGCAGGCCGAAAUUAGCCGUAAAGUACGGAGAUAUAUUUAUUAAAAAUAUGAUUAAAGGUCGAGUUCUUAUCGACUUAAAUGAUCGAGAUCUGGAAAAAAUUGGUAUUAGCAAUCGUGAUGAAAGGCAAGUCUUACUGCAUGAGAUACAAAAAGAAAAGCUACACUCUUACCUAAAGGAAUUGACGGAACUGUCGAGGACUUAG